AGAUCUUCGACGACGUGUACUUGUUGAGGCACCGUCGAGUCGCCCGCCGUUCGGCCGACCCGUCCCUGCUCCACCAUGAGAACCUCGUGUCGGAACCCCACGUCCGGUGGGCGGAGCAGCAGGUGGUGAAGCGGCGAGUGAAGCGGGACUUCCUGCACCAAGACCGCUCGGCCAAGUACAUCUCCACGUGGAUGGACGAUCCCAAGUGGCCGCAGAUGUGGUAUCUGAACCGCGGCGGCUCCCUGGACAUGAACGUGCAGCCCGCGUGGUCGGAGGGCGUGAGCGGCAAGGGCGUGGUGGUGACCAUCCUGGACGACGGCCUGGAGAAGGACCACCCCGACCUCAUAAAAAACUACGACCCCAAUGCCUCGUACGACGUGAACAGCCACGACCCUGACCCGAUGCCGCGCUACGACCUGGUGGAUUCCAACCGCCACGGGACGCGCUGUGCCGGAGAGGUCGCCGCCGACGCCAACAACUCCAUCUGCGCCGUCGGAGUGGCCUACGAGGCGUCCGUGGGAGGUGUCCGCAUGUUGGACGGCGACGUGACGGACGCGGUGGAGGCCCGGUCGCUGGCCCUCAACCCGCAGCACAUUGACAUCUACUCCGCGUCUUGGGGCCCCGACGACGACGGCAAGACGGUGGACGGGCCCGGACAGCUGGCCACGCGAGCCUUCGUCGAGGGCAUCCGAAACGGUCGAGGUGGUAAGGGCUCCAUCUUCGUGUGGGCUUCGGGAAACGGAGGUCGAGAUCAAGAUAACUGCAACUGCGACGGCUACACGAACUCCAUCUGGACCCUAAGCAUCUCAUCGGCUACAGAGAAGGGUCGCGUCCCGUGGUACUCUGAGGCGUGCAGCUCCACUCUGGCGACGACCUACAGCUCCGGCUCGCUCGGGGAGAAGCAGAUCGUGACCACCGACCUGCACCACUCCUGCACGUCGUCGCACACAGGGACGUCGGCCUCCGCGCCCCUCGCCGCCGCCAUCUGCGCGCUGGCUCUGCAGGUGAACCGAGACCUCACGUGGCGCGACAUGCAGCACAUCGUGGUCCGAACGGCGCGACCGGAGAACCUGGAGGCGCCCGACUGGCAGAGCAACGGGGUCGGCCGCCACGUCUCGCACAGGUUUGGUUACGGCCUCAUGGACGCCUACGCCAUGGUCCAGCUGGCCCGCAACUGGACCAGUGUCCCCACGCAGAGAAAGUGCGAGGUGGCCGCGUCCCACAUCGACAAACUGAUCCCACAGAAGAGCUUCGUCACCCUGGAGCUCGACGUCACCGACUGCCCGGGCGUCAACUACUUGGAACACGUGCAGGCCAAGGUAUCGCUGACAGCUGAUCGUCGAGGUGACAUCGAGAUCUACCUGUCGUCGCCGUCGGGAGUGAAGUCCACCCUCCUCGCCCAACGCCCGCACGACAACUCCCGCACGGGCUUCCACUCGUGGCCUUUCAUGACCGUCCACAUGUGGGGUGAACGGCCCCUGGGGAAGUGGAAGCUGGAGAUCCACAACAACGGACACUUCUUCACCACAGACAAAGCUGAGGUGAAGGAAUGGAGCCUGAUUCUCUACGGCACGGAAACGGAGCCCGGGCAGCCGGUGUCCCCGCAGCAGGGCAGCCAGUCCCCCGACGACUCCCACACCAGUGACCCUGCUGUGCACCAGUCCAUCGACACCACUGAAGGAAAAACAGAGACUCGGGACCCUGACAGCAUGGGCGUGGGCCACUCGUCUGCUGCAGCAGCCUCACCGACUCCGACGCCCCAGACGCUACAGCUGACGGCCAUCAAGAAGGCGCUGCCACCUGGAUGCAGCCGCGUGGACGCCGCUGGGGCCUGCAUAGAAUGUUCGCAACCUUUUCUAAUUGAUACAGACGUGGGUACUAAGAAGAAGAGGGAGAUUCUCCUCCAAUGUGAGAAGAACCAGCUUCUGCAUGGAGGUGUGUGUGUAGUCGUUUGCCCAGAGAACUACUAUGGCUGGUUCCCGGAAAGGCUUGGUGCCACAGGGCCCCCUACAUGCAGGCCCUGUCACUACUCUUGCCGCACUUGUUCAGGGCCACAGGAUUAUGAAUGCUCAGGUUGCUGGGGAGAUGCUGUGCUCUACAGUGCUUAUGAGGGUCAGAACUAUUGUCACCCAAGCACUCUCCAUGAUGCCUAUGAAAGCCUCCAGUCCUGGUACAAGUUCCUACUGGGUAUCCUCCUGUGCCUGCUCAUAUUGGUGCUGAUUCUUGCUGUGCUGGUUCUGCGAGCCAGGAAUGCAUCAAGGAGGUCGUACCCUGUUGUUGGAGUGCCUUCCCUCAGUCCAGGGGCUAGUGCCAAAUCUGCGAGUAACGGUGGCACUGCAUACACACCCGUGCCAAAGGGAGAUGCAGAUGACCUGUUGACAAAAAUAACUUUCCAUGAUCUUACGAGUGAGGAUGAGCUAUAGUUAUGAUUCGUUUUUUGCAAAUUUUAAUUGAUGAGAUGGUUAGGAAAAAGUAAAAAAAAAAAAAAAAAAAGAAAAAAAAACACGCAUUGUAAUUUGAAAGUUUUCAUUUUGUUCUCUCGUUCUUUUUCUUAGUACUUAUAACAUAGUAAUUUAGAAAUUUAAAAGACAUAAAGGUUCACCUAAUAGUGAAUUUAUAAGAACUAUAAGGCAUUGUUGUAAAGCAAUAUGAAGAUCAAUAGUUUGUCUUAAAAUAUCUUUUACUGUAAAAUUUCAUAUGAUAAACUAUGAUCUGUUUAUGUGGGUUUUGUUGGUAAAAUUGUUUUAUGGUUUGGCAAUGUUUUUGUCCAGAAAAUUCUGUUAUUGGUUACGUUUGAAUAGUAAUUUUAACUGUGGGUCAGUAAUAAUGAACUUAAUAUGCAUACUUAAUAUUUUACGAAAGAUUAAUUUGUUUAAAUGUAAAGCAAUUUGUUUUUAUAAUGAGAUAAUGUAUUAAAGAUGAUAUCAUAUAUAGUGCUGAUUAGCAUUGGAACAGUUAGAAUAUUAAUGUUUUACGUGAGUUCAAUUUUAAGCAAUGCCUAAAUGUGUAUGAGUACACUUAAUUCAUGGUAAAAGAACAAGUUCUAAAUUGCUAUUGAGUACAAAGCAAUGCCGAAAAGUACUCUGGGCAUUAUUGUCUUUUACUCAAAGCUCACCAUACAUACUGUGAUAGGAUGAACAUUUCCCACAAAAUGUCUCCUUACACUUUGUGGUUUUAUUGCAUCUCUGUGGUAGUAAACAGUGCACAAAUUACUGUAUCCUAUAGUAACUUGUGUGCUAUCUGAAGGGAGUAGAUGUAUUGCUAAUGGUAUUCAACUUGGCUAAUCAGACACCAUUCAUGAGGAGAAUGUUGUGUGUACUCAUCGUUUACUUUUGAAGGGAUGCAAGAAGUCACUAAGAAUGUAAGGAAGGCUUUUGUGUAAAGUGUACAGAUGGUGAGUGUUCCAGCAGGUUCUUGUCUGGUCAUCAAGGGUUUUUUCAUCUUUAUUUUACUCUUUUUUUUAUCUAUUAUUUUUUAUUCUUUGAUGAUCACCAACUACUGUAGAUUCUCAUUAAGACCAAGGGGAAAGAAAAUUAUAUGCUGGGUAUGCUUAGCAGACUAGUUAAAUAUGGAAUGGUGUAGUAUUCAAUUGUUCACUCAAGCCUCAUUCAUGGCAAUUGUAAAGUAAAAACAUGGAACAAUAGGUGUUUGUGCUUUGUGGGUUUCCUUCACAAGCACUUGAUACUUACAAAUAUAAGAAAGUACUCAAAAUGAAGGAUUAUUGAAUGCAAGUGUAAAAUAGAACUAGGAAAAACUACUCUAUAGAAUUCACCUUUAUAAUUUGCAAUACUAGAUUGUGAGCCAUUGCCAGAUUGAGAUUGAGAGAGAUUGGAAGUUCCAGAUAGAAAUAAUAGUUGUCAUCAUUUUUAGGGAUUGAAAAUAUUUUUAUAAUUCAGUGCCUUUUUAAAUGUACUAUUCAUGAGUACCUGUAGAGCUGAAUAAGAUGAAUAUGUAUGCUAUGUUGGUUCUCCAGAUUUUAUUAUAUUUUUCCAAUAGGAUGUAGGAGUUCUACGUUAUUUGCUGUGAACUCAUUCGUAUAUAAAGCAUUUAAAUAAAGCAGGUUUAGAAUGUAAUCUUUUAUCAUGAUGCUUAUUUUACCAGAUUUUAUUUUAUUUAAUUUUUCUCAUGUAAAUUAACAGAACAGCAAAUGAUAUUAGAAUCCUGUCAUAAAGAUUUAUAAUAGUAUCAUAGCCACAAACUAUCCUCAAGUGCCUUUGAUAAUUUCACCAGUUUUCAUCUGUGAUGCUGAUAUUUUCUUUAUUCAUAGUUUUCCAAAACCUCCAGAUGCUGAAUUAUCAUACUUUCAAGAUUCACGUCAAUUCUCAUGUAGUGAGUGUAGGGUACGAGGAUUUUUUUUAUAUAUAGAACAAAUACCAUUGACCAGUGUAAUUGUAUUUUUUCUUCCGGAUACUAAAAAAAAAAAAAAAAAAAAUGAAUGUCCUGGAAUGUUAUUCCAAAAAUUAGAAAUUUGUGGUCAGUACUCUUUAUUUUUAUUGUUUUUUCUCCUUGAGUUACUUUGUAAAUUAUACUUAAAAUUUUUAAUUUCUGCUGUAAUUAGUCAUUGAUGCAGGUGGUGAAGGAUGUGUAUUUUCAUCAAUAAAAAGUUUUAUAUUGUAUA